CGAGUCGCUCCGAAGCGAGACCGCAGCGUGACAGGGGCGAAUGCCACCGAGAGGCGGAAACGCGGAGGAAUGACCCAAUCAUAGCAUCUUCAUGCGCCCUGGGGAGUGGAAUUUCCAACUUCUCACCUAAGGAGAUAUAUUUGCGCGUACGUCCUGCUGAUUGAGAGGAACGAUAUGGACGUGUCUGUGCACAAAAGCCUUCUGCUGCUGGCGUAUCUCUUGCUUACCUGUCAAAUAGCUGAUGUGGCUCAUGGAUACUUCAGAAACCAGCGCAAGUUCACAGAGGACAUCGAUUGGUCAUAUGCAGGAACUUUAAACCAAAAUAACUGGGCGAAAAAAUACCCAUCAUGCAGCAGUGCCAAGCAGUCGCCCAUCGACAUCGCCGAGGCCUUUGCGCGGGUCAGAGUUCAGUUCCAGCAGCUGAGGUUCGAGGGCUGGGACAACGAGACCUCCGCCAACACCACCAUCCAUAACGAUGGGAAGACGGUCACGGUGGACCUGCCCGGGGAGUUCUACCUGAGCGGAGGGGGGCUGAGGUCGAGGGUCAGGGCCGGCGCCAUCUCCUUCCACUGGGGCAGCUGCAACGGCUCGGCCGACGGAUCUGAGCACAGCCUCGACGGCGUCAAGUUUCCCCUGGAGAUGCAGAUCUUGUGCUUCGAGGACGACCGGUUUCAGUCCGUCUCGGAGGCGCUGAAGGAAGGAGGGAGGCUAACAGCUCUGUCCGUCCUCUUCAAGGUCAGCUCAGAAGACAACGAGAAGUUUGUGCCAAUUAUUGACGGGGUGAACUCUGUUAGCCGAUUUGAUAAGCGCAGCACCCUGGAGCCCUUCUCCCCCCUGGACCUCCUGCCAGACUCCACAGAGAAGUACUACAUCUACAACGGCUCGCUGACCACCCCGCCCUGUUCCGAGACCGUGGAGUGGGUAGUGUUCAAGGACACCGUGUCCAUCUCCGAGGCCCAGCUGGAGGUGUUCUGUGAGGUGAUGACCCUGCAGCAGGCUGGCUUCGUGAUGCUGAUGGAUUACCUGCAGAAUAACUUCAGGGAGCAACAGGAGCAGUUCAUGGGCCAGGUGUUCUCCUCCUACACUGGGAUAGAGGAAGUGCGCAUGUCCAUUUGCAGCUCGGAGCCGGAGAACGUGCAGGCGGACCCUCAGAACUACACCAGUGUGCUGGUGACGUGGGACAGGCCACGCGUGGUGUACGACAGCAGCAUAGAUAGGUACUCCGUCACCUACCAGCGGCUGCAAGGACGGGACCCCCCAAAACAGGAGUACCUGACGGACGGAGACCAGGAUGUGGGGGCGAUUAUUCAGCGCCUGUUCGCCAACAGCAGCUACGUGGUCCAGGUGGUGGCGCUGUGCUCCAACGGCCUGUAUGGGCGUAUAAGCGACCAGGUCAUCGUGGACAUGCCCCUGGACGACCCCGAAACGUAUCCUGACCCUUUCUCAGAUCCUACUGAAAGAAGAUACGAUUGGAAGGGGGGAUAUCGCCCAGGGCCAGUGAAGCCUGCCCCAGACCAGACCCAGGGGGGCACUGCGGACCGGGACCCAGGGGGGUCUGGUGUAGGGCCCCCGCUCUCUAGGGCCACCGAGGGCCCUAUUCAGACGGCGGUCCCAGGGGAGGGGCCCUUGGUCUGGUCCCGGGGCCACGCUGAACAGCCCGUUGAGCGGCCCGAGUCCUCACACACCUCCCUCGCACCCCCCCGCGUGUCCCCAACCGAAGGGGGCUCAGUCAGUGCCGUUUCUCCCGGAGCCGACCGCAACGCCAAAACCGCGUUCAGUACGACCGCGAGGGAGAUCGCGUCCCUCCCCGAAACCCCGGUUACCGCCACCCUGCCCCCGUCGAUCUGGGAGCCCCCCCCGCAGCCCACCGCCCCCCCACACACCACUGCCUCCGUCCUGCCCGACACUUCCACCGUCAGCACCUCUCUGUCCUACACCACCCAGCCUCCACUCAACGGCGGCAGUAACAGCAGCCUGGCGUCGCUGAACGGGCGGCUGGGGUUCGGGGAGCGGGAGCGGGAGCGGCGGGCCGUGGUGCCCCUGGCCAUCGUGUCCUGCCUCACCUUCAUCUGCCUCAUGGUCCUGGUGGGCAUCUUCAUCUACUGGCGGAACUGCUUCCAAACAGCCCAUUUCUACAUAGAUGAAGACGCCUCACCCAGGAUCAUCUCUGCUCCACCGACUCCUGCACUUCCACUGACAGACGAGUGCCAGCCUCAGACGGUGAGGAAGUUUGUGCGACACGUGUCGGAGCUCCACGACACCGGCGGCUUCUCGCGCGAGUUUGAGAUUUUGAAAGAGUGUUACGAGGAAGUCCAAGCAUAUUCGGCAGAUCUUCCCGUGACCUCGGACAGCUCCACCCACCCGGACAACAAGAAUAAGAACAGAUACAUCAACAUCCUGGCCUAUGAUCACAGUCGAGUCAGACUGUCUCCGAACCCAGACAGGGAAGAUAAGGGCAGGGACUACAUUAACGCCAACUACGUCGACGGAUUUAACAGGCCCCGGGCGUACAUCGCCGCCCAGGGGCCCCUCAAAGCCAGCACGGAGGACUUCUGGAGGAUGGUGUGGGACCACAAGGUGGGCGUGGUGGUGAUGAUCACCAACCUGGUGGAGAAGGGCCGGAGGAAGUGUGACCAGUACUGGCCAAUGGAGAGCCAGGAGGAGUACGGCAGUUUCCUGGUGACGCUGAAGAGCUGCAGGGGCCUGGCCCACUACACGCACAGGACCUUCUCCCUGAGGAACACGCAGGCCAGGAAGGGCUCCCAGAAGAGCCGGAGCUGGGAGCAGACGGUGGAGCAGUACCACUACACGCAGUGGCCUGACAUGGGCGUGCCCGAGUACGCCCUGCCCCUGCUCUCCUUCGUGCACCGCUCCUCCCGGGCCCGCCCUGCGGACUCUGGGCCCACGGUCGUGCACUGCAGUGCUGGAGUGGGCAGGACCGGGACCUACAUUGUGCUGGACAGCAUGCUGCAGCAAAUCAAGGAGCAGGGCACGGUCAAUGUCCUGGGGUUCCUCAAACACAUCCGCACGCAGAGGAACUACCUGGUGCAGACCGAGGAGCAGUACGUCUUCAUCCACGAUGCCCUGGUGGAGGCCAUUCUGAGCAGGGAGACCGAGGUUUCCUCCUUGUGUAUCCAUGGCUACGUCAACGACCUUCUGACCCCAGGGCAGUCUGGUCGAACCCAUCUGGAGAGGCAAUUCAAGCUCAUCAGCCAGACCAGCCCCAAGCAGUGUGACUACACCACCGCCCUCAGCCCCUGCAACAGGGAGAAGAACCGCUGCUCCUCACUCCUACCCGUGGAGAGGUCCAGAGUGUGUCUAUCCACAGUGGUGGGAGAGACGACGGACUACAUCAACGCCUCCUAUGUCACGGGGUACCACCGGAGCCAUGAGUUCAUCCUCACCCAGACUCCACUUCCCAAUACCACCCUGGACUUCUGGAGGAUGGUGUGGGACCACAACGCCCAGGUCAUCGUUACGCUGCCCGACGCACAGGUCACGACAGAGGAGGAGAACACGGUCAGUGUUUUCUGGCCCCGUAAGGAGCAACCAAUCAGGUGCGAGAUGUUCACCGUCACCCUGACGGGUGAAACCGGCGUGUGUCUGUCCAACGAGGACAGGAUGGUGGUGCAGGACUUCAUCCUGGAAGCUAAUCAGGAUGACUAUGUGCUGGAGGUGAGGAGGUUCCAGUCUCCCCGCUGGCCUAAUCCAGACAGCCCCAUCAGCAGCAGCUUUGAGCUCAUCAGCAAGGUGCGGGACGCCAGCCUCUCCGGAGAGGGACCCGUGGUCGUCCAGGACCUGUACGGCGGCGUCUCCGCGGCAACGUUCUGCACUCUGUGGACGCUGUCACGGCAACUGGAGCAGGAGAACCGCACGGACGUGUUCCAGGUGGCCCGGCUGACCAACCUCGCGAGGCCCGGGGUCUUCAGCGACAUCGAGCAGUACCAGUUCCUGUACACGGCCCUCCUGAGCCUGGUGAACAACCAGGAGGAUGAGAGGGCGCUGCAGUGCGCGGACAACAACGGGAGCGUUCCCUGCGGCAUCGGAGACACAGCCGAGAGUCUGGAGUCUCUGGUAUAGCCCACGGCCGCCCCCAGGAGCAGCCUGUUCUCUGGGAGAACUCUGCCUGAACUGACACUCUGGCGCUUUGGCCUUUCCUGUCAGUACCUUUCAAUCCUGCGUUACAACUGGUCAGACUUCACCGCUGCCCAUAACUGUACGAUAUUUUAAUGCGUGCCUUUACAUAAUUUGUUUUCAUACCCUUUUCUGCUUUUGUAUGAUUUUUAUUUUAACUAAUGGCAAUUUUGAAAUGACUGCAGUGUUGCUCACACUUUGGGUCUAUUUGUUAUUUGUCUGAAAUGUAUUUUUUGGAAGAUUUGUUGUUAUUCAUCAAAACAAAAAAAAGGAAAAAAGUACAUUGUAAUGGGCCUAUUUGUUAUUUCUCUGAAAUGUAUUUUUUUUAAAGAUUUGUUGUUAUUCAUCAAAACAAAAAAGGAGAAAAGUACAUUGUAAUGAUAUUACUGUAUUUUUUUGUAGAGUGCAUAUACUUGGACAGUGUUUUACAAAUAGACAUAUUGUAAAUAUGAUUGUUUCUAAUGUGUACACACAUGGCAGAGAUGGAACAAGAACAUGGACUACUACUGUAAUAAAUCAUACGACAGUGACCAUGUCAACAGACCAAAAUCCUAUUUAUGUGUCUAAUUUUAUAUUUUAUUACAGAGAUUUUUCAAGUAAUGUAGAAAUUUCCAUUGAGACUGAACUUAUGGUAAGUCAUUUAGUUGAAAGAUUAAAUCUAAUAUUUCUGACAA